AUGACAGCUCUGUACACAGAAAACAAGACAACUCUGUACACAAGAAACAAAACAACUAUGUUCACAGGAAACGAGACAUUUAUGUACACAAGAAACAAAACAACUCUGUACACAGCAACGCCUGUUAUUCAUCGUUUUACCCUGUAUGUUAGUAGAAAACUUUGUAAACAAGACAACUCUGUUCACAAGAAACAUGACAACUCUGUACACCAGAAACAAAACAACUCUGUUCACAAGAAACAAGACAACUCUAUUCACAGGAAACAAGACAACUCUGUUCACAGGAAACAAGACAACUCUACACAAAAAAAACAAGACAACUCUGUACACAAGAAACAAGACAACUCUGUUCACAAGAAACAAGACAACUCUGUACACCAGAAACAAGACAACUCUGUACACAAGAAACAAGACAACUCUGUUUACAAAAAACAAGACAUUUCUACACAAGAAACAAGACAACUCUGUUUACAAAAAACAAGACAUUUCUACACAAGAAACAAGACAACUCUGAAACAUGACAACUCUGUUCACAGAGAACAUGAUAACUCUGUACACAGGAAACAUGACAACUUUGUUCACAGGAAACAAAACAACUCAGUAGACAGGAAACAAGACAACUCUGUUCACAGGAAACAUGACAACUCUAUUCACAGGAAACAAGACAACUCUGUACACAAGAAACAUGACAACUCAGUUCACAGGAAACAAGACAACUUUGUUCACAGGAAACAAAACAACUCAGUACACAGGAAACAUGAUAACUCUGUACACAGGAAACAAGACAACUCUGUUCACAUGAAACUUGACAACUCUGUACACAGGAAACAUGACAACUCUGUACACAGGAAACAUGACAACUUUGUUCAUAGAAAACAAAACAACUCAGUAGACAGGAAACAAGACAACUCUGUUCACAGGAAACAUGACAACUCUAUUCACAGGAAACAAGACAACUCUGUACACAAGAAACAUAACAACUCAGUUCACAGGAAACAAGACAACGUUGUUCACAGGAAACAAAACAACUCAGUACACAGGAAACAUGAAAACUCUGUACACAGGAAACAAGACAACUCUGUUCACAUGAAACUUGACAACUCUGUACACAGGAAACAUGACAACUCUGGUCACAGGAAACAAGACAACUCUGUAAACAUAAGAAACAAGACAACUCUGUACACAAGAAACAUGACAACUCUGUACACAGGAAACAUGACAACUCUGUACAAAAGAAACAUGACAACUCUGUACACAGGACACAUGACAACUCUGAACACAGGAAAUAUGACAACUCUAUUCACAUGA